CCGGCGGCAGUUUCCGGGCGAGGAGCCGCGGUGGCUGGAACGCGGCGCGUUAGGCCUCUGGCGACCGCUUCGGAGCCCGGCUGCGGCCCCCGCCCGCCGGCGCCAUGGGCAUCCUGGAGAAGAUCUCGGAGAUCGAGAAGGAGAUCGCCCGCACCCAGAAGAACAAAGCUACCGAGUACCAUCUUGGCCUACUGAAGGCAAAGCUUGCAAAGUACAGAGCUCAGCUACUAGAACCCUCCAAAUCUGCCGCUGCUAAAGGAGAGGGUUUUGAUGUGAUGAAAUCUGGAGAUGCCAGAGUGGCACUGAUUGGCUUUCCCUCUGUGGGUAAGUCCACAUUUCUGAGCUUAAUGACCUCCACAGCCAGUGAAGCUGCCUCAUAUGAAUUCACAACGCUGACGUGUAUUCCAGGUGUCAUAGAAUACAAAGGAGCAAACAUUCAGCUUUUGGAUCUGCCUGGAAUCAUUGAAGGAGCUGCACAAGGGAAAGGGAGAGGACGUCAGGUGAUAGCUGUGGCUAGGACUGCUGAUGUCGUCAUCAUGAUGCUGGAUGCCACCAAGGGUGAAGUACAGAGGUCUCUCUUGGAAAAGGAAUUGGAAUCUGUAGGAAUCCGGCUGAACAAAUGCAAACCAAACAUCUACUUCAAGCCAAAGAAGGGUGGGGGCAUCUCCUUUAACUCGACUGUCACGCUGACCCAGUGCUCCGAGAAGCUGGUGCAGCUUAUCCUCCAUGAAUACAAAAUCUUCAAUGCAGAGGUUCUGUUUAGAGAAGAUUGUUCUCCUGAUGAGUUUAUCGAUGUGAUUGUCGGUAACAGAGUCUACAUGCCUUGCCUUUAUGUUUAUAACAAGAUUGACCAGAUAUCUAUGGAAGAAGUAGAUCGUCUGGCUAGGAGACCCAACAGUGUUGUGAUCAGCUGUGGGAUGAAGCUGAACCUGGACUAUUUACUGGAGAAGCUGUGGGAGUACCUGGCGCUUACCUGUAUUUUCACUAAGAAGAGAGGACAGAGACCAGACUUCACAGAUGCCAUUAUUCUCCGGAAAGGGGCUUCUGUAGAGCACGUGUGCCAUCGAAUUCACAGAACGUUAGCCAGCCAGUUUAAAUACGCCUUGGUGUGGGGAACCAGCACAAAAUACAGUCCUCAAAGAGUAGGAUUAACUCAUUUGAUGGAGCACGAAGAUGUCAUCCAGAUUGUCAAGAAAUAACCCUCUUAGCCGCUGCUCACUGGUGCCUGACCCUGCCUUAGGCUGUAGAAUCAGAACUGACUUAUUGUGACCGUAUAAAAGCCAAAAAAGGGAAUAUGUGCGCCAAAGCUACGUAGGCUUCCAUGAAGCUUGUUCCAUUGGAGAUGGGAAGAGACUAAGGAUACAUUAUAACAGGUGGGGAUGGGGCAUAACAGGUUGUGACAUUUCGUGCAAACAAGCUACCUUGCCUCGCAUCUCUAAAAGUUGGAUCCUGGAGCCCAUUUGUUAUGAUGAGAAGAGAAUUCUCUCCCCGGCAGCCUCCUGUACCACUGCAGAUUUCACAUACACGUCUGUCUGUUAUACCGGCUUUCUCGAUCAGUCGGAAUCUGUGGAUUUCUCCAUGCAAAUAUGACUCUUCUCUUGGUGCCAUUGAUACCAGCACUGAGAGAUGUUACCUGCCAUUCAUUGGACAUUCCUGUCCUUUAAUGUAAGUGUGUCAUUAAAGCAAACCUUUCCCUUCUGCACUCGCCCAGUACGAGGGCUGCUAGAAUUCACAGCCUUUCUAGCUUCCAUGGGUUUCUUAGUUCUGCACCUCAGUGGCUUUAGACACCAGUCUCCCACCUCUGAGUCAGCCCUAGGCUGAGCUUUUGAAAGUCCCACUCUGUCAAAUUUAAAACCAACAUUUCAUACCUCUUGUUAACCCUCUAACAUAGCCUAUAGGGUGUCCUGAUCCAAUCAGUACUGUUGGGAUGCACUUUCCAGCUCUCUCUAUUAACAAUGGGAUUGACACAUGGCCAGGCCACAGGUGCCAUAGCUACAUCCUAGAAGAGCACCAAGAGGAUUCAUUUCUGUCCGUGUCACGGGUCAGAAAGAUGGCAUUAGGCAUUUCCUAGUGGGAAACCUCUGCCUUCUCCUUCCACCUUUUUCUGCCAUAGUACCUGAGGUAUAGUUGUCAGGACAUCACUUGUCUCUAAAUCAUGCAUCCACGGCUCCUAAAUCAUAGAAAUAGCUAUUCAGGCUCAAAUCCCAUUCUAUGCUGUGGCCUUUUUUGGCUAUAAUAAAUGAACAAUAGUGCUUCUUAAUGGAGAUCUUUCAUCAGAAAACUUGGAUUUUCUAAUCAUGCUUUAUUAAAUGUUGUUGCUAACAGUUUAUAGUGUCUGCUAGAUACCGGCUCUUUCUUUCCAUGAGCAAGAGCCUCUAAUAGCUUUUACUUUUGUGAUAAAAUAGGUCAGUCCUAACGCAGAAUUCUGAACCAUGAAGCCUGGUUUGAGGGCUAGGUCCUGUGACCCCAAGCACCUCCUUCAUGCUCCUCCUAAACUGACUAAGGAUGAAAUGGCCAGAAGCGUUUUAUUUAAGAAAAUAUAAGUUGCUAUUUCUUGUAAAUUAUACACUUUUCUCUCGAAGUAGACAUGGGGACACUUGGUUUGUCACCCCUCUCUCUCCCUCUUGGCCAACUGAGAUGACAAGGGGCUGUGUGGUGGAGUGGAUUUUGAUUGUAAUGUGUCAUAGAAUUUAAGGCCAGAAGGGAGCCACUAGGUAUCUAGUCUCACCUGUAUCUCUCAGGCCACCAACAUCACCUACACACUAACCCAACCCUGAAAUGAGACCAAAGUGGCAUUGUGAAGAGUGAACAAAGGGCUCUCUACAGAUGGAGAAGAGCUGGACGCAUUAGGCCUUCCUCGCCUGACAUGGAUAAAUUACACAAGAGCCAAGCCACAAAGGUGACUGAGCUUUGUAGGUUACCUUCUAUGUUAAUGAUUUUGCUCACAGCUGGAAUGCAGAGGGAAUCAGGGCUCAGGUAGAAGCUACUGGAGAAAAAUCUCCAAAUUAGCUGCAUUAUGCCUGAGCUGGCUUUCUAAUGCAUGCACUUCUCUCUGCUAAUUGAGUGGGAUGCUGUUCCAGCACAUUGACUCACCCUUUCAAUUUCCUGUGAAGGUUGCACAGGCCAAGACACCAUGACAGAGCUUUUCUUGUUUCAUUUUUAACUGUUUCAGGGGUGCUGGUGUUUAACUAAUAAACAAGGACAAUGGAGGAAA